AUGGGUUGCUGCUCGGCGCGAUGCGUGCUUAUAAUUCUGUGUUGCCUGCAGUUGAUCACAGCUGUGGAGAGGCAGGUGUUUGAUUUCCUUGGAUACCAGUGGGUCCCCAUCAUGGUCAACUUCUUCCAGGUCAUCAUGGUGAUUUUGGGUCUGUUUGGUGCCAUCCAGUAUAGGUCAAGAUACGUUGUCAUGUAUUUGCUGUGGACAUUGUUGUGGGUUGGCUGGAAUGUCUUUGUUUGCUGCCUCUACUUGGAUUUGGGAGGGCUUUCAAAGGAUAGUGAUACUCUGACACUGGGCAUUUCGUCCCAUCGCUCGUGGUGGAAGGAGAACAGUCCCGGCUGUGACUCGGAGUCCCUGCCAUCUGCCUCAUGGACAAACCAGCACAACCCAGAGCUGACCACAGUGCUGCGCUGUUGGUUCGAGUACCAGUAUAUCGAAAUCUUACACUGCACUGUCCAACUCCUCAUCUCACUCCUGGGAUUUGUUUAUGCCUGUUAUGUUAUCAAUGCCUUUGCAGAUGACGAUGACAGCUUUGAUUUUAAUGCUGAAUUUCACUACCCAUCCAAACCCUUUCAGUUGCUCUUCUAGGAGCGUGUAGAUUUCAAAUACCUGUGACAAAAGCCAAACAACACGACACAAGAAAACCACCUGAAAACAACACAAGAUGGCCAAAAUGACAGCACUAUUGAGUGAAGUGUACUAUGUAAUGAGUAAU